UGCGAAUAGCAUUAUGGGAAAAUGUAGGGGAAGCCAUGUUUGCAACAAUGCUCUUCGAGAUAAAGAUUUACAAAUAAUGGUAUAUUUUUACAUCUACUGAAGAUUACAGGUAUUGAAGAGGGAGAUAAUAACUUUCCACAAUGUGGCCUGCUGCACAGGGGGGCUGGGGAACAUGGCCCAUUCAACAAGCUGCCUAUCAACAUAUUCCACAUGAGCAAGUUGACUGGGCAGCAUUAGCAAAGCAGUGGAUAUCACAGAAGGACAAUUUGGAAGCAGCACAGCAAGGGAACCAACCUGUUGAAGGCAAUCAGAAUCAGGCAGCACCACCUGACGGUGGCCAAGGUCAUGCUGCAAAUGUUGCUGUGGAAAAUGGAAACCAAAAUACAAGUUUUAGUGGUGCAGAAGGGAGCUACCCCAUGGGAGAUCAGAACCAGAUGACUGGAGGCUGGGGAUGGGGGAUGCAUGGAUGGGACAUGGGAGGAUGGGGGAUGCAGGGAGAAAUGAAGGAGGCACAGACAUUUGAUUAUGGGCAUGGCAAUCAAGGGUAUACCCAGUCAUUUGAUUACAACCACGGAGGAUUCCAGGGCUAUGAGAACUAUGGAGGUGAUGAAUACACAUACUGGAAUGAGGGUCCCCCUGGUGUCGGAGACCAAGUGCCUGGGCCAAGAGGAGGCAGAGGGAAAAGGUCGCCACAGUCAUCCACCAUAGUACCAGAAGAUGAUACCACUGUCAUUGAUGCUGCAAAGAGACGAACCCUUCCAGCAUGGAUCAGAGAAGGUCUGGAAAAAGUUGAACGUGAAAAACAGAAGAAAUUAGAAAAAGAGCAGCGUGAAAAAGAACUUAAAGAGGCAAGGGAAGCAAGGGAAAAGGCAGAGAAGUUAGCACUGGAAGAACUAGAAAAAGAAAAGUCUGGCAGUGGUAGUCCAAAGAUGCCAAAAAAGAGCAAAUUUGAUGAUUCUGAUGAAGAUGAAGAAGAAACAGAUGAACAAAAUGAACGACUCUCUCCUAAAGUGGACCAAUCUGAAAAUCGAGAAAAAGAAGCUGAAGCAAAACCUAAAUGGAAGAAAGCAGCUCCCACUAUUGACACCAGGACAGAGGAGGAAAAACAGGCAGAUUUUAUGAUGCGUGUCCGCCGUAUGCUGACAGAGAUUUUGCUGGAGGUGACUGGUGAAGAAAUUCAUGGUGUAGCUAAAGAGGUGUACCAAAGAGCUAAAACCAAGGCUUCUAAAGCUCCAGCAAAGCAGCUAGCCUCCUCAACUGCUUUGGCAUCUAUAACAUCGCUUGGGCUAGGCUAUGGGUCUGGUAGUGAGGAUGAGGCAGAUGAGAGCACUAGGGAAGAAGAUAAUGAUGAGGAAGAAGACUCUGAUGAUGAGCUUCAAGAGACAAUUCGACGCAGGUUGAUAGAAGAAGAAGAGCGGCAGCUGAAAAUGGAACAAGCAGAGGCAGCUAGGUUGGAAGAGGAAAGGCAACUGAAGUUAGCCAAAGGAGAUAGUACAGAGCAUGGAAAUGUUCCUCCACCAGAAGUUCUGGCUCCUGCACUGCGUCCAUUUGAAAACAGAUACAGUAACAUCCCAGGUCUUGAUGUCAAGGAUGAGGAGAAAACCACUGAAGAGCAGAAAGACAGGAGUAAAUCCCAUAAUAGGCAUUUUUCUAGGGAAAAAGUUGAUGGCUCUCAAAUAAAAAGUUCUAGGCUAAAAGACGAAGUAAUGGAGAAGAAAAGGAAACACUCAGAAAGUUCGUCUUCAUCUGAUAGUUCGUCUGAUAGCUCUGAUAGCAGUGGGGAAAGUUCUGAUUCUAGUAGUAGUAGUAGUAGAUCGAGUACACAACAGAAACUUAAGGAUAGGAAAAGGUCUCGUCAGAGUCACCAGUCAAGAAGUGAAAGUAGGGAUAGAAGAGGUAGCAGGGAAAGGAAUAUAGAUGGGGAUGAACAUAAGGUUAGAGACAAAGGCAAAAGAAGGGAUGGUGGAAAAGACAAGGACAGGGACAGACAUAAAGAAGACAUAGACAAAAAAUAUCGAGACAGGGACAGAGAGAAAGAAAGAGAUAGGGACAGAAAAAAGUAUCCUGAAAGAGAAAGGGAUAGGUAUAAAUCUGACAGAAAAGGUAGUAGGGAAAGACACAAGAGCAAAGAAAGGGAAAGGAGUAGAAGUAGGGAUAGAAGGCCUAGGGACAGAGACAGAAGUGGAAGUAGGGAGAAAAAGAGACGUAGGGAUUCAAGUAGAGACAGACGGCAUUCAUAUGACAGAGACAAACACCAUAAGGAGAAAUAUUACAACAGAGACAGUAGUUCAAAAGACAAAAAGCCAAGAAGGCAUACAAAAUCAGUGUCAGACUCCAAUGAGAGUCCAGGCUAUGAUGAUUCCCCUCAGAGACACAAAAAGAAAAAGAAAAAUAAACACAGUGAAGGCAAGGAAAGAAGUAGUAAGAAAUCACGCAAGGAUAAGCAGCAGUCGAGGUCUGAAAGUGAUGAGGAGUCAACAGAUGGUAAGAGAUCAAGUCGGAAAAGCAAGUGAACUGCUUGAUAGGUGGGACAGACUUUGGGUGGAGAUCAGCGGGGACACAUGCUUCAAGUGGAUAUAGAGCUUAUAUGGUCUGUGAAAAUGUGCUGUGCAAAUCUUUAAGAUCAAUUUCUUUGAAAUUUUGUAACUUUUAAUUAUACAUGUAUUAUUAAAUUUUAUUAAGCAGUUGU